CUUUCCAUUUCACUCCUCUGGUUUUGCUGGAGGUUGAAGACGACCAAGUAGUUAACCAAAUGGGUCAUGAAUGAAUUAGUAAACUGACCAGAAGCCUAACCAGUUUCUUCAAGAAAAAACCAUCUCACCAAAUCAAAAAAUUAAUCAAACCUAAUGCAGGAUUCCAAGUAUGUCUUUUUCUUUCUUUAUCACUUCUUUAUCGUCUCUCCUCUCUCUAUAUUUCCCUCUGUUCCAUCUCUGUUUUUUCUUGCCACAAACCUUGAUUUUUUUUUCUUUCCUUCUGAUGCAGCCAUCGAGAAGGAAAUUGCCAUUGUUUGAGUCGUCGGCAGCCAUAGCCAUGAAGCACAGAAAGAGCAACAACCUCUCUGUCUUCAUCGUCGUUUUCUCUGUUUUUCUAUUUGCUAUUUUCAUGUAUAAUGAGGACGUGAAAUCAAUCGCUGAGUUUCCGUUCUCCAAGUCCGAGCAGGAGCUGUCCAAAAACCCAGUUCAAGAAUCCAUGAAAGGAACUUCGGUUUCGCUGAAUUCCAGGGCCUCGGUUGAGGACAGAGAAGAAAAAGAAGGUACGGAAACGGCGAAAACAGAGGACUCGAAGGGACAAAUCGAGGCGAAAGAAGAAGACGACCGGCGGAAGAUUGAAUUACCGGUGGUGGUCGAAGAAGACGAAGGGGAGGAGGAGGUUGAAUUGCCGCCGGAGGACUGUGAUUUGUUCACCGGAAAAUGGGUUUUCGACAACGAGACUCACCCUCUGUAUAAAGAAGAUGAAUGCGAGUUCUUGACGGCGCAGGUGACUUGCAUGAGAAAUGGAAGAAAAGAUUCUCUGUAUCAGAACUGGAGAUGGCAACCAAGAGACUGUUCUUUACCCAAGUUUAAAGCAAGAUUGUUGCUGGAGAAGCUGAGGAACAAGAGGCUGAUGUUUGUUGGGGAUUCACUGAAUAGAAAUCAAUGGGAAUCAAUGGUGUGUUUGGUUCAAUCCGUGGUUCCUCCUGGCAAGAAAAGCUUGAACAAAAUUGGGUCUCUGUCUGUGUUUAGAAUUGAGGAUUAUAAUGCCACGGUGGAAUUUUACUGGGCCCCAUUUUUGGUCCAGUCAAAUUCAGACGAUCCCCAGAUGCACAGCAUUUUGAACCGGAUCAUAAUGCCUGAAUCAAUCAACAAACACGGAGAUAAUUGGAAGGAUGUGGACUACUUGAUCUUCAAUACUUACAUAUGGUGGAUGAACACUUUCUCUAUGAAAGUCCUCCGAGGAUCGUUCGAUGAAGGAGACACGGAGUACGAUGAGAUCGGACGGCCGGUAGCGUACGGGAGAGUGUUGAGAACAUGGGCAAAGUGGGUAGAGAAUAAUGUUGAUCCAAAUCGCACCACAGUUUUCUUCAGCAGCAUGUCUCCUCUUCAUAUCAAGAGUUUGGAUUGGGAGAACCCAGAUGGAAUCAAGUGCGCCUUAGAGACCACACCAAUUCUCAACACUUCAAAACCAAUUAGCGUCGGGACAGAUAGAAGAUUAUUUGUAAUAGCCAACAAUGUGACGCGGUCUUUAAAAACACACGUUCACUUUAUUAACAUCACUUCUCUAUCAGAAUACAGAAAAGAUGCUCAUACUUCGGUAUAUACCAUUCGACAAGGUAAAAUGUUGACGCCAGAACAGCAAGCCGAUCCAGCAACCUACGCUGAUUGCAUCCAUUGGUGCCUUCCUGGAUUACCCGACACGUGGAACGAAUUCAUUUACGCACGUAUUAUAACUCGCUCAUGACACGUCUACCGCGAGCACAUGUGUCUGCGCGUGUGCGUGUGUGCGCGUGUUUUUUUUUUUUUUUUGGCAAUUAUAAUAUUCAGUUUGAUGUAA